AUGAAUUCGACUUCGGAAAAACAAGCAUGGGACACAUUGCGAGAUGAAUUCCAAGGUACCGUCGAAGUUCAGGCCAUUGAACUUCAAACUCUACGAAGAGAUUUCAAGAAUCUCCGAAUGAAAGACGGAGAGUUCAUUAAAGAUUUCUCUUCCCGAGUUAUUAAAGUUGUCAACCAAAUCAAGGCCUACUGCGACAACAUCAUGGAUCAAAGAGCGGUCAAGAAAAUUUUAAUUUCUCUUACUGAAAAUUUUGAUUCUAUGGUGAGCAUCAUUGAAGAAUUAAAGGACCUCUCCAAGCUCUCAAUCACUGAACUUGGUAGGAAAAAUAAGAAGGGCAAAGGCAUCCCAAACAACUCCAAGGAAGGUGAAAAGAAAGGAAAAUACCCUCCUUGCGGUGUUUGCAAAAGAACCAAUCACCUCGAGAAAGAUUGUUGGCACAAAGGAAAACCGCAGUGCAAAAUUUGCAAGAGAUUUGGUCACACUGACCAAACUUGCAGAUUGAAGCAAAACCAGCGAGUUAGUGUGGCCGAGACCGAGGAGGAGGAGGAGGACCAAAUUUUCUAUGCAUGUCAAGCUGCCAUGACAAAGAAGGAUGAUGUGUGGUUGAUUGAUAGUUGUUGCACCAACCACAUGGCAAAAGAUCAGAGUUUUUUCACUCAUUUGGACGCUACUGUUAAAGUAUCAGUCCGAAUAGGUCAUGGAGCUUUGGUUGAAUCCAAAGGAAAAGACACCGUUGCUUUCCAAACAAACAAAGGCACCGGAUUCAUCAAGGAUGUUCUUUACGUCCCUGGUUUGGAUCAAAAUUUGCUAAGCAUUCCUUAA